AUGGCGUCGGUGAGAAAAGCUUUGAGUCGAUCCAAAGCACGUGCGGCGACGCUGCAUUUGACCGUGCGGGAAGCGAGCAUCGUGUUGGCGAUAUAUUUGUUGUCGCGGUACAAUCUCAAUGCUGUGGCAUUGUAUGUGGCUUCAAGAAAUGCGGUCCGGCAGCAACCGAGCCACAGUGCAGCAGAGGUGCGUGAGUUGACAGAAAGCCUGUACUUAGAAACUUCCAUCGACGAACUGAUUGCUUUGGAGUGUGGGGAACCUGGAAGACACGCGCGUGUCCGACACGCAGCAGUGUCGUUUUUGGCGGAACUGCGAACAGUUGAAUGGUUGGAGUCUCAAAACAUGCUCGGCGCCGCCCCUAGCUCGGCUGCCAUGGCCAGCAAGUAUCUGAUGUUUUGCGAAGCUUUUCAUGACUCCCGGUGGGACGGUGCGCUGGCGAGGGCGGUCCACAACAAUUCGCUGAAUCACAGCGCUGGGCGGUACUUGCGCAAGUGGUCUGCAGACUUCCGCGAACGCUGGAAUGUUGCUUUUCGAGUGCUUUCGGUGAAGCCUCCUGCACCUUGCGCAGAGCUUGCGGCGAAGGUAAAAACUCUGUGGCAGUGGGUGUUCUGGCUACGCCACUGCUGUAUCGGCGUUGGCAAGAUUCCAAUCUUGCUGAACUUGGAUGAAAGCUACAUCCCCUGGAGCCCUGGCUCACUUGCUGGCAAUGUUCUUCGCAAGACCAGAGUGACGGGCGCGAAGCGUCGCAGGGGAGGCUUUACUUAUACGCCCAUCAUCUGCACGAAUGAAGCUUUGCAGCCCUUGCUGCCCCGUUUCCUUGUGGCCAAGCGUUCUGUUCUCAGCGCUCGAGCAGUGCGGACUGUUUCUGCUCAGAAGCCGGACAACCUACAUAUUUGGCGUGAGGCAAGCGCGUGGUCAACGGUUCGGGUGAUGAAACGUGUACUCGAGGAACUGUCACAUGUAAUGGCUGCUUUCCCGGCCUUCCAAGCAAUCUUGCUUCUGGAUUGUCAUGCUUCCCACAUUCACCCCGACACGGUGCGCGCCGCGAACAACAGCAACAUCUGGAUGGCUGUCAUUCAAGCAGGCUAG